CGAACUUACCGUUGCGAACGUCCACCACUCCUUGUCCUACCAAAACUCUUUCUUUCUUUUACUUCUACUUCUACCUCUUAACUCAACAUCCAGUUUCCUUUUAUGUCUUGAAAAUCGAAGUCUUUGAUUCUUUUCAUUUUGGGGUGAUUCUUGAGAGACUAUGGCAACGUUGGCACCUGGGAUUCUGCUGAAGUUACUUAAUGGUAUGAACACUGGGGUAAAGCCAACUAGUGAACAUAGGAGCUCGCUUUUGCAGGUGACUGAUAUUGUACCAGCUGAUCUUGAUGAGAAGAAUCUUUGGCCUAAACAUGGGUUUUACAUCAAGGUCUCAGAUUCUUCACAUUCAAUUUAUGUUAGUCUUCCUUCUGACCAAGAUGAUUUUGUUCUUAGUAACAAAAUGCAACUUGGGCAGUUCAUUUAUGUUGAUAGAUUGGAGCCUGGGUCCCCUGUUCCUGUUGUUAAAGGUGCAAAACCGCUUCCUGGAAGACAUCCAUUGGUUGGGACGCCAGAACCUUUAAUGGGUUUAAGAAGAAAAGGGGAGAAAAGUGAGCAGAAACAAGAUUCUAAACUACAUAGAAGAGGUUCUUGGGGAAGGGGGCCCAAUGGGGCGGAUGAGAUUUCCUCUCCUAUAGUUUUAAAGCCAGUUCCAUUGGAUUUUGAUCAGUGUACUCCUGUGAAAGAGCGGUCUAACUCUGUGAGAACCCCGAUGAUGUCACCAAUGAUAAGAAGGAUAGCAAAGGAUGGGAGUGCUAGUGCCAGUGUAAGGUGUUCUUUUGGUGGGAGAUUGUUGGCUAAAAUGAUGGAUGCUAAAGGAGAAAGUCCUGCUUUGCUUAGGAAAAGCUGUGUCGCACCUUCUUCUGCUUCAAAGUUUCCACGGAGCAAAAGUGUCUGCGACCGAGAGCCUAGGAUCCCUAUUAGUCCCCUCAACUCAGCUGAAAAGAAAAGUUCAACCCCGCCACCGGGUUUAAGGAGUGGAAGGGUGGUAGCUGCUUCCCUCAAUAUGGGUGGAGAUGUACAGAACAACCCCAACCCAAGUGUUACUACACAACAACCACAAUUUCAGUUUGAUAAUAACUCAGCCUCUGAUAUUAGCAAAAGUCUACCCAUGAAUUUGCCCGGAAAACUAGGCAUGUUGGGCAAGGAAGCGAUGCAGCAGAGAGAAACAGCUCAGAAGAUUGCCCUUCAAGCACUAAGAGAUGCUUCAGCCACUGAGAGUUUAGUUCGUUCUCUCAAGAUGUUUUCUAACUUGAGCAGGUCAGCAAAAGCAGAUGCUCCAGCUGCAAGCUUCGAUCAGUUUCUGGAGUUUCACGCCCAAAUUGAGCAGGCCGUGAGUGAUAUAGUGUCCAUUCAAGCAGCUACUUCAGCUACUGCAAUGGCACAAAACUCAAAAGCUGAACAGAGAGAUAAGCAAGGCGACGAUGAGCCAGCAAUAUUGCAUGAAAUUGUGCACAACUCAAUGGACCAAAGCAGGAAUUCAGAGUUAAGUUCAUCAAAAAGGCGAGCCGCAUUGUACAAGUCAAUUGCAGCCUUUCCCGAGAGAAGUGAACAGAAGACAAUCAUAGGGAGGCUCCCAAGAUCAAAUUCUAACCCCAAGGUACCCUCAGAUAGGAGAGCACCAUCAACUCCACUUGGCAAGCUGCUCCCUGAAGUUGUUGGUGAGAAUGAUGAAAACAAGAAACCAUUAUCAAGCAGCUUAAGCAAUACAAUAAAAUUGGGUAAGCAGAUUGAAAGUGAAGCUGGAAAUUGGUUUAUGGACUUCCUAGAGAAAGCUCUGGAGAAUGGUAUGAAGAAAUCCAAAGGCACACCAGGCGGGGAUACUAAGAAAGUUCCUCAGUCUCUCAUACUCAAGGUUAUUAAUUGGGUAGAGGUCGAACAGUGUGAUGGUAACAAGCGGCCAGUUCAUCCAAAAGCCACGCAAAUAGCUAGGAAGCUAAGAAUUAAGAUGAAGAACCCUUGAAUUGGCCCACAUAGAUACUUAUUAUUAAAGUACUUUUUGUGUCAUUUUUUAAUUGUCUGGUUUCCAAUCACUUUGGGGAUUAUAUCUCUUACGUCAUGAAUGUACAAGUUUUUAUGUUUGAAUGGAGAUUGUUUCAACUUUUCCAAUCA